AUGUCUGUGGAUAAACUGUUAGAUUAUUUGGAGCCAAAAACUUUCGGCAAAAUUCACUAUGUGGUAGUGGUUUUUUGGAUCCUGAUUGGUGUCAUCCCCCUUGUUAUAUUCGCCGAAAUGGAAAACAGCGAACCAAGGUUUGAUUUCCGAUGUGGCGCAGCGAAAAGUAAAAACAUCGACUUCGUCCGGGGAAAAUGUUACGAGAAAUACCAGGAGCAGUACAACAAAUUCGCUUUGCCUGUCUACGGUUUCGUAAUCAUAAAUUUCGUCCUUAUUAUAUUUGUAUGUGUUAUCUACUCCCAAAUAGUAAGACCUACAGUCAAUCGACUGUCGCGAAGCAUUCGUAACGGUGAUCCAGAGAGACAGUCGCGCAACCAAGAGAACGCAUUAUCAACGGGAUACAAGCUUUUUAUCGCUUACUGCGGUCAACUAUCCAUAAAACUUGUUUUAGGAGUUGUUUUCAUCAUCCUACAAACUCAGUUGCUUUAUCCUUCAAAGUUUUCCUCUAAGUUUCACUGUUACUUAACCGAUGGAACCACUCAGCCAAGGAAUUCAUCUAACAACGCCCAACACUCUACUUUGCACGACUGUCACAAUCAACGAGCGACAAAGAAAACCUUCUGGAUGGACUUUGUCCUUGUGUUAAAUGGAACUUUCGUCGUUAGUAUUCUGAUUGAAAUCGUCUACAUUUUUUUUAGGGCAUACAGAGAAAGGGAUUUCAUGCAAAACUCUAAGUUUCAAACAUCUCAUCUAAAUCCUCCCGAAGAACCCCAGCAGCAAGAAGAAAGAAUACAACUUGUAGUAAACAUCUCACAUGAAGUUCAGCACCAAGAACGGACAGAACAUGAAACAAACAUCCCACAUCUGCCAAGCGGGCCUGAACAACUCGUAAAAUCUUCGCUUCAGGAAUUCAUCCAGAACACAAAGAAAAUGAUUAUGGACGACACUUAUCAACCUCCACAACUCCAGUCGCUUUUUCCAAGUCCUCCUGGCAAAGGACACCCACCUAAACAUUUGACUCUGGAUCAGAUUUACACCAACCUUGUUGUUGUACCUAACAUGGCUGAUUAUGACUUUACUGAAGACAGACGGAAGAAUUUGCAAAUCUACGCCAGGUCGGGUGUUAAAAACGAAACACUGAGAGGGCCAGAGGACAUUCUUAAUCACGAAAACAAAAACAUUUUGAUCGUCGGUCGUCCCGGUAUCGGAAAGACACUUUGUUGUACAAAAAUUCUCAGAGACUGGGCAUCUAACAAAGUAUUCCAUAAAACACCCGAUGACAAAAUCCACUUUGAUGCUGCUUUCUUUGUCAAAUUCAGAUUAUUCAACGCUGCAACCGACCUUAGCCUUCGGGAGCUACUGACCUGCUCCACAUACUCACCCGGGAACAAGCUGGAUGAGGAAGUCUGGAAUUACAUCCUAGAAAACCCGCAGAAAGUUAUCCUUAUUUUCGAUGGAAUUGAUGAAUUCAAAGAUAACUCAAAGAUCGGCACGGAAAAUAAGAAACCACAAUUCAAAAACAGCGUAGACGAGAAGAUGCCCCUCUCGGCUCUUUAUGCCAAACUAACGACUGGAAUACUUCUCAAAGGGGCAGCAGUUUUAACUACAACAAGACCUACAGCUCUGUCAUGCGUCGAAAGUAUUCGCUUUCACAAAAUCCUUGAGAUCCUUGGCUUCUCAUCCGAACAAGUCGAAGAAUACGUAACCAAAUUUGCUGAAGAAGACAAGGAAGCAGGCGACACAGUAAAGCGUCACAUCACCAGCAACGUCAAUAUCUUAUCUCUCUGUUACAUUCCUGCGAGCUGCUUCAUCAUUUGCUCAAGUCUCUUUAAAAUGGUGAAGUUCUACGGUUCUAAAGGUCUCAACCUACCAACAAGUUUAACAGCCAUAUACAAGAGAGCCGCGAAAAUUUUCUACUUGAGACACAACGAAGAAUUUCGCGAUGAACAUUUCACUCGCAAAGACUUUGAGUCAGAUGAAUUGCCCCCCGAAGAAGAAAAAAAAUUGGAGAAACUAAAAAAAUUGGCAUUUGAAGGAAUUAAAGAAGGAAGGCUGAUCUUUGGAGCAAACGAAGUACGCGGAAUGGAAGACAGCGGUCUAUUUCACCGCUUACCCGACCGUGAACUUGACUUGUUUAGUAGCGAAGGACAGUUCUGUUUUAUUCAUCUAACAAUGCAGGAGUUUUUCGCCGCAAAGUACCUGGUUAACAACAUGAGUGAAACAGAAUUAACAAACUUUGUUCAAAUUAACAUUAGGAAAGGCAAAUGGCAGCUGGUUUUUCAGUUUGUAGCAGGAUUAAUGGAGAAUAAAAAUAACCUACCAAGCGAAAUUAUUACAGACCUUCUUCCUGUGAAAACUGAAGAAAAAGAAAGCGUACGCUACAACGUACAGUUGACAGAGAAUGAAGAGAAAACGAAAGUGACCUGCUGGCCGACCAAAGACGAACAAAAUUUAGCAGUGACUUUAACUAAAUGUUUAAACGAAAAUAGUAGAAUGAAGUCAGAAGCACAGAGAAAACUUCAACAAAUUAACUUUAAUUGUGUAAAUUUUAUUAAUUGUCACCUCACAGCUGUUGAUUGCUCUUCGUUAGUAAAUGUAAUUAAUGUUCAACGGAUUUCACAUUUAGAUUUGAGUUACAAUAACAUUGGUCCAUUAGGUUGUUUUAAGAUUUGUAAAUUGUUAAAAUGUAGGGAAUCUCAACUGAGCUGGUUAAACCUCGCAUAUAACCAAUUGACAGAUGAAGCAGCAAAGUAUUUAGCUGAAGCCAUCAACAACAACAACUGUCAGCUACGCAUGUUACACCUCUCAUUAAAUAAAGUCUCAGACAUUGGAGCACAGCACUUGGCUGAAGCCAUCAACAACAACAACUGUCAGCUACGCACGUUAUUCCUCUCAUUCAAUAAAAUCUCAGACAUUGGAGCACAGCACUUGGCUGAAGCCAUCAACAACAAUAACUGUCAGCUUCGCACGUUAUUCCUCAAAGCAAAUAACAUCACAAAAGCAGGUGAGCAAAAGGCACGUAAUUUAUUAAGCAAUAGUCAGUCUAAGUGUAAGCUAAUUCUUUAG